AUGACGCCCGAGGCGCUUCUAUACAGCCACAACAGCAACCGGCACUCAGACUAUCAGUUUGCGCAUUCAUCGACGAGUUCUAUUUCAGGUGCUUCGGGGAUUAGUGGGAGUACUGCGGCCACGAGUAUGUCGAUGAUGUCGUCUAACAUGACAAUGCAAUCUACGGCAUCGAGUCCAUCGUUGAGGUCCCGCGAAAGUGUUAUUGUGCCUAGCCAUGGGAUGACUGCGCCUCCGAGUCCUUCGCCGGGGGGGAAUGUCAAGGUUGUGGUGAGAGUUCGCGGGUUUUUGCCACGAGAGAUAGAAAGAGAUGCAGACUGCCUGAUAUCGAUGAAUCCAUAUACACAAGAGACGACACUCCACGCUCCAGAAGUUGAUACAUCGAAGCCCCGAUCACAAGCACGAGGAAAGGUCUACGAAGACAAGACAUUUACUUUCGAUCGAUCUUUUUGGUCCCACAACGAAUCUGAUGAGCAUUACGCAGAUCAGGAAGAAGUAUACAACUGUCUGGGUGAAGAGUUCCUAGACCACAACUUUGAGGGCUAUCACACAUGCAUAUUUGCAUAUGGCCAGACUGGAUCAGGAAAAAGUUAUACUAUGAUGGGCACACCGGACCGACCAGGUUUAAUUCCGAGAACAUGCGAAGACCUCUUUCAGAGAAUCGAGGAGGCUCAAUCUGUUGACACUACCUAUCAUGUUCGGGUGUCGUAUUUUGAGGUCUAUAAUGAACAUGUCCGCGACCUUCUGGUACCACGAACCGACCCUCCACACUAUCUCAAGAUCCGCGAGUCACCGACGGACGGGCCGUAUGUCAAGGAUCUUACGGACGUCCCUGUAAGAAGUUUUGCGGAUAUAAUGAAAUUAAUGAGGAAAGGAGAUAUGUCUAGAACGGUUGCCAGUACUAAGAUGAAUGAUACUUCGUCCCGAUCUCAUGCGGUGUUCACUAUUGUGCUCAAGCAGAUUCAUCACGAUCUCGCCACAGAUGAGACAACUGAAAGAACAGCGCGAAUACGGCUUGUUGAUUUAGCUGGAUCGGAACGUGCUAAAGCAACCGAAGCGACAGGUCAGCGACUCCGAGAGGGCUCGAAUAUCAACAAGUCGUUGACCACACUGGGGCGCGUGAUUGCCGCACUGGCUGAUCCAAAGCAGCACCGACCGGGAGGACGAAGAGUCAAAGAGGUUGUUCCUUACCGUGAUUCAAUCCUUACCUGGUUGCUAAAGGACAGUCUUGGUGGAAACUCAAAGACUGCAAUGAUUGCUUGUGUUGCGCCGUCGGAUUACGACGAGACUCUUUCCACCCUUCGAUAUGCCGACCAAGCCAAACGUAUCCGCACUAGAGCCGUCGUCAAUCAGGAUCAUGUCUCUGCAGCUGAGCGAGAUGCGCAGAUUGCAGAAAUGGCCGAGCAAAUUCGCGUUCUCCAGCUGACGGUCAGCCAGAAUGCAGCAAGCAAGCGCGAGAGCGAAGCUCAGAACGAGAAACUAGAAGAAUACCAGCAACAAGUCGAAAAGAUGCAGCGGUUGAUGGAAGAGAACAAGAUGGUCAGUGAAUGCAAGAUCCGACAACUCCAGACGGAGAACGAAGCGCUUCGGAAUCACCUAAGACUAGCACUGGAUAGUCUGAAAAAUCCAAUUCCAGCUAUUCCGUUACGUAAACGCGAUACCAGUCUUGGUUCACUGAAAAGCGAAGAGCAUCCAGUGGAAGAUGCUCCUCCAGAGCGAGACGUUGUCACACCAGAACCACCAGAAGAGGAGGAGGAGGAGGAGGAGGAGGAGGAGGAGGAGACCAGCGGUAUCUGGGAAGACGAGCAAGACAGUUCUGACGAACACGACGAAGAAGCUCAGGAGGUCCAGGCCGACAUGGAGAAUUUGCUGAACGAGCUUAGCCUGUUUAGACGGAAGCUGAAUGAUGACUAUGAACGUUUUGAGAUCACCAAAUCCAAGGAUACUCGAAAGAGAUAUCCAUUUGGCAAGCUCUCGAUCAACAAUUGACGUCGUUUAAGAGCGGUUACUGCAUCCAAAGUUUUUA